CAGCCACACUGGUGGCGGCAUUCUUUUGCAGGAAUUUGGCAUAUUUUGACAUAAAAAGUGUUUAACAACUAAUUAAAGUUAGAAGAUAGAACCCCAGCGCUUUGUUACAAGCGUGCAAAAUUGGAAAACUCAGCGCUGGUGGAGCACCCAGUGGUUGCCGGGAACAGACGUUGAUGCUUUAGAGGAGGGCCUCCGCAGGACAUCGGCAUCAGCAGCAUGUACAACGGCAUUGGACUGACCACGCCCCGUGGCUCCGGCACCAAUGGACACGUGCAGCGCAAUUGGGCAUGUGUGCGGCCCGGGAAGAAGGACAAGGACUAUCGCGCCGAGGACGACACCAAGAAGCUGGACGCCCAGCUGAACAGGCCGCCCAACAAGGAGAUUCUGGACCACGACCGCAAGCGCAAGAUCGAAGUCAAGUGUCUGGAGUUCGAGGAGAUUCUCGAAAAGGAAGGACGCACACCGGAGGAAAUCAAGACCCAUGUGGACUCGUUUCGCCAGAAGUUGAUGGGACAGGGCAAAACAGAUCUGGCCAAGGAUGAAUUCGGACGCGUAGCUAACACCACAUCAUCCACAACCACGGCAACGGCGGCAGUGGGAACCACAGCGGCUGCCUCGGUGGCCUCUGCCUCCACAACCACAACAACGAUGAUGGCAGCCACCACGGUGCAGGUGGUGAAAACUAAGAAACGCCGAAAGCGACGCAAACGCGCAGGUCACGCAAUCACCUCCUUAACUACCAGCGCGACCGAAAAGAGCACAUCCAACACGCCCGGUAGCAAUCCCCCCAGUCCGAGCCCCUCCUCCGCUCCAAGUGCCACCGUCAACAGUGCCAGGAAGUGCAAGAAGGCACCUUAUUUCCAACACGACAACCGGGAGUACCUGGCCAAGUACGAAGGCUUCCGUUUGACCGCCCACACGUGGAACUAUGCGGCGGUGGCCAGGAAGUUCAAGCCCUUGCGGCCGGCGUUGGCAAGCGGCGCCAACAAGACCAGGCGACCAGCAGUCUCCAAGAGGUCACUCCCGGAGUGCGCCUGCGCCUGCCAGCAGAAAGAGACGGAACCGGAGCCGGUGCCGGUGCCAGUGCCGGCACUUGAAUCCAGUCAUCACCGAACAGCUGAGCACUCCAUCCACAAGAAGGAGCUGCCGCUGCCUGCGUCACAUGCGAAAAUCAACAUCGAUGGCAGCGUGCUGCUCGAGCUGCUCAAGUACUCCUCGAGUAGCCUGCUGGAGACACUGCUGCUGGGCGGCGGCAGUGCGGUGGCCACCAGUGCUCGCGACACCCAUCAAAUAGCCGAAGCUCAGCAGCAGAAGAACGCCAAGCUGCGCGAGGCCUUCAACAUAUCCGAGUACUUUGUGGAGGGCAGCAGCUUCGACAGCGAUCGCAAGGCGAAGGAGGAUCUGGCCAAAAGCGUGGCUCUCCAAAAGGAACUGGACGCCCAGCGCGAAAGCCUGGCCGCGGCGGCCGCUGCCGCAGCAGCAGGCAAGGACAAGGAGACCGGCAAGCGGUAUGCCCUAGUGCGGACUCCAUCCCGCGAACGCGAGCGGGAGCGGGAUCGCGAUGAAGGAGAUGCGGCUGCCACCAGCGGUGAUGAGCGCGAACAUGUCUCAAAGUCGGACAAGAAGAAGCGCAAGAAGCGUGCCAGGGAAAGUUCGGCUAGUCCUGAGCGCAAGAAGGACAAGAAGAAAAAGUCAAAGAAGCACAAGAAAGAGAGUAAGUCAAAGAAGAAAAAGUCGCGAAAGCGCAAGCACAGCGAGAGUGAUGACGACAAGGACACCGAGGAUGAGGACGAUAGCAGCGAGGAGGAUAGGCGCGAGUCGAAGAGUGCCCGAAAAAAAGCCAAGAAGGACAAGAAAAAGCGCGACAAGAAGCUGAAAAAGAAGUCACGCGCCCGUGCCAGCUCCACAGAUUCGGAGCGCUCAAACUCUCCAUCGCGCAAGGAGAACAAAUCGGACAAGUCCCGUGGAGGGAAAUCCUCCAAGGCCAAUGAGAAGGCUUCGCAGCAGGACAAUGCCACGCGCAGUCGUUCUCGCGAACGUCGUAAGGAAACGAAAUCCAGGCCACAUGAAGCCUCCAUAGACAGUCGUCAUAAUAAGAUGCGGGAAAGGGAACGCUCGGCGGUCACUCCGCCACGCAAGGAGCCGGAAAGGCAGCGGUCUAAGGAGAGACAGAGGUCGAGGGAAAGGCAGCGGUCGAAGGAAAGACAGCCAUCCAGGGAAAGGCAGAGAUCCAAGGAAAGGCAACGAUCUAAGGAAAGACAGCGAUCGAAGGAAAGACAGCGUUCCAAGGAAAGGCAACGAUCUAAGGAAAGACAGGGGUCCAAGUCCAAGGAAACGCAGCGAUCCAAGGAAAGACAGCGGCCCAAGUCCAAGGAAAGACAACGAUCUAAGGAAAGAGAGCGUUCGAAGGAAAGACAACGAUCCAAGGAAAGACUACGAUCCAAGGAGAGACAACGAUCCAGGGAAAGACAGCGAUCCAAGUCCAAGAAUAGAAAACAGUCCAAGGAUAAGAAACAGGCAGUGGACAAAAGACGAGACAAAUCCAAAGAUCGUUCAAAGGAAAGGCAACGAUCAAAUGAUAGGCAACGAUCAAAGGAGCGGCAACGUUCCAAGGAGAGACAAAGAUCAAAGGAAAGGCCACGGUCCAAGGAGAGGCUACGCUCCAAGGACAGGCAACGUUCCAAGGAGCGACUACGUUCCAAAGAGAAGCACCGCUCCAAGGAGAGGCAACGCUCCAGGGAACGUCCUGCCAAGGAAUCCCGGCCCACAAAUUCGCCCAAAGAGCGUAGUCCCAAGAAGAAGGAAGACAACCGCAAGCGUUCCCCCUCCAUUGCGAGGGAAAGAAAGCAAACGGACUACACUAAGCUAAGUCGCAACUCCCGAUCACGCACCCGAUCGCCAGCCCAUUCCCCAGAGGUACCGCCCAAGAAGACGGUGGUGCCCACACCUGCCUUCAAUCCCUUCAAGGCGGCCGAGGACACUGUCAACGAUAUCCUGGGCACCAAGUCGGUGAUGGUGGCCCUGGAGCAGACUAAGCGCCAGCGAGCAGCCUCCAGCUCUAGCUCGGAUUCAGACAGCUCCAGCAGUAGCCAGUCGUCUGCCUCGCGGACACCAUCGCCCAAACCCAUGCCCACGCCCAGGAAACAGAAGAGGAGGAGCAGUAGGACACCAGAGCCGGCAAAGGAGGUUAAGAAGGAGGCCAGUCCAGCCAAGAAGGAGCGCCGCAGGAGUGUGAAACGGGAGAGCUCCGUUUCCAAACCCAAAAGCAAGGCGAUAGAAGCGAGUCCCAAGCCUGCGAGGCGUCGCUCCCGUUCAAGUUCCUCGGAGCUGCGCUACUCCCCUGCAGAAAGGCAUCCGGAACGCUACCAGGACAUCAUUCAGGACAAGAAGCGGCCUUCGAAAGCUAGGGAACCGAAACCCGCUCCAGUGGUUCGCCUGCGAGCCCAAAGCGACGAUGGCAGCGACGAUGCCGAAACAGGAGUGGAUGGUACCGCUUUGGAGGAGUUCCAGCAGAGCAGGCGGCAGCACGAGGAGCAGCAGGAGCUGCGCAUGCUGGAGCAGCUCAAGUCGGGCAUAGCGGCCAAGGCCAAGCAAAAGAUCAGGAUCAUGGAGAAGGACCCGGCCAAGGAGGGCAGCGGCGAAGUAAGUGGCAGCGGCGACCUACUACCGACCGCUACUAAACGUAACUCGCUAAGCGAAUUCCUUGUUGCUAACAAUGUGACCGCUUUGAUUAACCCAAUGACAACGACCACGCCCCCGCCGCCUCUGGCGGUUAUACUGCCGCUGGAGCAGCCCAAGGAGCGGGAACGUGAGCGGGAGCAGGAGCUGGCCAUGUCUGUGGAGGAGCCGCCGCCGCCGCUCAAGAAAAGGGACGCCAGCACACCGCCCAUUUGCAAGACGCCCCACGUGGCGGCAAAUGGCGAGUCCAAGAGUCCGACAGUGGGCCACAAGAUGCACCUGCAUCACAGCAGGCCGCCUCCACAGCACCAGCUGCAUCAGACGCAUCACCAGCCAGCACAUCUGCAGCAGCAUCCUCCCGGGAAGCGCAUAUUCCAUAACCGCACGCUGAACAAUAACCCAAACAGUAGACAUAAUAGUACUAACAAUCCCCAUGCAUGUGGUGGUGGCGGUGGCGGAAUCCCCCAUUCGAAUCCCAACAGUAGCAACUCUAGCAGCGGCAGCGGCAGCAACAAUAACCCGGGCAUGCUGCCCUUUUUGGCGGGCACCCCGGGCACCUACAACCGCACCACCAACCGCCUCAAUCACGGUCCCUUGCUGACCGCCACCCACUACAACAUCUGCAAGAACCACCAGCACAGUCUGCAGCAGCAGCAGGCGCACCAUUUGGCCCGCGGACUGGUCUACAACUCGGCUUUGUUCGGGCAUGGAGCCCGGCAUCCGGGACUGCUGUCGCUGGCCGGUGCAGGUGUGGGCGUGGCCGGUGGGCAGGGUGCGGCUCUACUGGGGCAUCCGCCGCAUAUCCGUGGUGGUGGUGGUGGUGUCGGCGGCGGUCCCAUUAGCUUCAAUGCGGCAGCAGCGGCCGCAGCUGUGGCCGCCAAUAGUAUUAGCUACCAUCAUCAUCAUCAUCAGCACCAACAGAAACCGAAAAUCGUUAUAAAACCCUUCAAAAUUCACGAUCCACAGCCCCUAGUUGCAGCGCUCGCGGACAGCUCGCUGGUGGACGCCAUCGUCUCCAAGGUAUCCACGGCCACCGUGGCGGCGGCAGCGGCGGCGGAGAGUGCGGCGCGCCGGAGCCGGAGUCGCGAGCGGAGAAGCCGGAGUCGGAGCAAGCGGCGCACCAGCGGGAGCCACCAUCGACAUCACUCCAGCAGCCGCUCAAGAUCGAGGUAUAGCUCAUCCAGCAGUCGAAGCGGAUCGCGCAGUUCCAGGUCCCGCUCCGGGUCCCACUCUUCCCGCUCCAGCUGCUCAUCGCACAGCAGCUCGGGCAGCUCCUCCUCCGGCAGUGGUUCCGGAUCCUCACAGUCCGGAUCUCGGUCGCCCUCCAUUCCGAGGCGUCGCGGCUCGCCAAGCUUUCUGGACAGACGUCGCAUAACAAGUGCCCGCAAGCGACCGAUUCCGUACCACCACAAGGCCGCCGGCGAGGGAGAGCCGGAGGAGGCCUCCAGUUGCUGCUCCAGUUGUUUCAGCCGCGCCAGCAGUCCGGUCACCCCCCUUCUCACGCCCCUGCGCAACAGCCGGAGUCCCUCGAUGGCCGCCUUCUGAGUGUUAACCGCGUCGCUGCGCAAGAUGUGCGGCGAGUCCUGAGGCGAGUAGUCCUCCUCGAUCAAUCACUCUCAUCCUAGUCAUCCUAGCCCAACUAGUCAGAUAAUCAGACUCCUAGCCCCUAAGAUAGUUGUUAUGCGCAUUUAACUUGUUUUACACCUGCAUUCCGUAGCCCUAAGUUAGUAAUCUGCCCAUGAAUUUACUAGCGAAAUUAUAUUCUAGCUCCGAUAUUAAGCCAAUAAUACUCGUUCGUAAGCCUUUGAUCGAUUAUUUGCUAGUUCUAAGCCGCGUUUUAAUAUAAAUAAAUUAUUUGUUGCCUCUCGAAAAGUUCA